CUGUACGCCCCUAAUCUUUUUCCCGUCGUCUGGGCGGCGCGGAGAGCACGCCUUUCGUCCCACGCGUUCGAACGCAUCCAAAGACGCCAUAGACAACCCGACGGCAUCGUGCCGACGGCGUAAACAAACACUUGAUUCUAAUCAAUUGUGGCGAAUUAAUCGUGCUUGUGACCUCUGUCCCAAACAAUUUGAAUUUCGAAUCACGAUACCCGAUAUACAACAGUGUACGCUAGUGACGGAAAAUGAAACAUUACAAGGAUGUAGUGUUGCCAACAUGAGUUCCGGGGACAACCGCAGAAUGACCUGGACAUUUCCAACGAUAAUAAUUUUCUUAUUCGUCCCCCUGAAUAUGGCAAGCACCAAAGACAACGCACUCCGACUGAAUUCUGCUCUCACUUGCCGAAUCGUACGUGGUCUGACAAGAGAACAACGCUCAAUAUGCCAUGAAGCCCCUGACACGGCUUCUGUUGCUUUCGAGGGCCUGCAGCUGGCUGUGAAAGAGUGUCAGCACCAGUUUCGGUGGCACCGGUGGAAUUGCUCAAGUUUGAUAUUGAAGAGCUCGAAUCCUCACGCCAGCGCGUUAAUGAAACGAGGAUUCCGCGAGACGUCCUUCCUCUACGCGCUGACAGCAGCGGGUGUGGCCCACGCAAUCGCCCGCGCUUGCGCCCAAGGUCGCCUUCUCUCCUGCGGUUGUGAUCAGCUGGGAUACAGGGCCUCCCACGACCAACGAGGGCGUUUACGUAACAAAUGGGAAUGGAGCGGAUGCUCCCACAACUUGGCGUAUGGGAUCGACUUCUCGAAGAAGUUCCUGGACGUACGAGAUCAAGUAGAUGAUUUGCAGUCGAAGAUGAACGUUCAUAAUAAUAAUGCAGGAAGAUUGAUCCUUGCAUCGCACAUGGAGGUGAGGUGUAAGUGCCACGGAUUAUCUGGAAGCUGCCAGCUUCGAACUUGUUGGAGAGCCACUCCCGAUUUCAGAGUCGUCGCGACUACCAUAAAAAAACAAUAUCGUAAAGCUCUAAUGGUAGCACAAGAAGGUCUCAACAAUGGCGUAUCUGUGCUGCGAGGCAGACCUCGCGGCAGAAGGAAGAGUAGAGCUAGACCAGCACCAAAGACAAGUUUACUGUUCUUUGAAAAAUCUCCGAGCUUCUGCGAGGCGGAUCCCAAGUUCGACUCACCAGGAACCUCGGGGCGGGUGUGUCGCAUCGGAAGGACCUCUAGGACGGGCUCCUGUGAUCUCCUCUGUUGCGGGAGAGGUCACGAUCUUAUUCGGAAGUCAAGCGUUAAGCCUUGCAACUGCACGUUCCAUUGGUGUUGUAAAGUCGAUUGUCAAAAGUGUAAAGACGAUAGGUGGAUCGCUGUAUGUAAAUAGGAGCUGUAACAUUUCGAGCAAACUGCUCUAAUUCUCUAAAAAUCUCUCGAAAGAUUUUCGACACUAGGUCAUGCGUUCAAAGCUACUUUUAAUGGAAUACAUGUAAAAGAAACCAUCAUGCAGAGAAACACUAAUGUAAGGAGGAGAAAUAAUUUUAAUUUAAUUCAAAUUUUAAUUGCGCUCUUAAUGCGUGUAAUUGAUUUAGUUUAACUGGAAUGCACAAAUACACGGAAUAAUUAGUUUUUAAAUAAAUUGUGGAAUAAUUAUGAUUUAGAAAAAAAUAUAUAAAAAUUAUCAUAAUUCAUUAGGCUAACUUAAAAUAGAACGGUUUAAAUUAAAAUAACAUAAACACGUCUUUACAAUUAUUUUCAUUUAUAUAUAUAAAUAUAGCUUUAACAUAGUAACUAUUAUCAGUAUUAAAUGUAGACUAUUAUAACA